AAGGUGAAUGCAAAGGAGAACAUUGUUUUUCAACAAUAAUAUUGUGUUUAAAAACUUAUUUUUGAAUUUAUUUAACCAUUUUUAAAUAGUGCUUGUGCUUGUCAGAAUCACAGUUGCUUCUAACAGUUUCUAAAAUAAGAUCAAUCUUUCACGAUGACCCGUCAUUGGGCGACGAGCUUGUUAAUCAUUGGACAGAUAUGCAACGCAGUAUUGGGCGUGGAGUAUGAUCGAGCUCUAUUCGUCAAAUCCGAUGAUAUACGAAAAGCAAGAGAAAUACAUACGAAAGUAGCUCAAAUAGCUCCAAAUUCUAUGGACCAGACGGUGGACCAUAUACUCACAUGGUUACAGACAAGAUAUCAAAAUCAUCAAAACCAGCGUUCAGCUCGCCAGGACAACAACGAACAGCGUCCUCGCCCGUUCGUGGUCUCUCCCGGUCAAUCGGACUACCGAGGUUAUCUACCUCCGCAACCACCACCCCAACCGGAGUUCAUUAUACCGACGACCUCAUCGCAAUACCAGCCCACCGGCACUCCACCCGCGACCUUAAACCCAUUUUUCAUUUCUGAACCCAGUCAGACGCCACCACCCCCACUAUCUUCGGAGAACACGCCGCUACAGUCUCUGGCACCGGUUGAGGAAUCACUGCCCUCGUUGUCACCAGACGCCUCGCCACAAACUCCAGGCUUCGUGGACGUGCCGACCAGUUUUCAAGCCACUAAUCCGCCACUGCGACCACAAUUUCAAAAUCCACAAAGCUUCCAACUCAACACCAACGACAUUUCACAUCCACCACACAUACACGAAAUGAACGUGCAAUGUUCGAAAGACAUGAUGACCAUCAACGUCGAGUUCAACAGACCGUACGAUGGCGUUGUUUACUCAAAGGGGUUCUACAACACACCGGAGUGCAGAUAUGUGAGCCCGAAUUCCGGUCAGACGAAGUAUUCGUUCAAAGUGAUGUUGAACUCUUGUGGGACACGUUUCGUCGAUGAUUUCUCUUCGGGCAAACAGGCAUACUUGGAAAACGUAUUGGUCAUACAAAACGAACCGGGAAUACAAGAAGUCUGGGACGUCAUACGUAGUGUCAGAUGUCUGUGGGAAGGUAAUUUGAACAAAGCUCUGUCUAUCGCGUUGAAUAUCGGUAUGUUGAACCAGGAAGUGGUGACAUUCAGUGGAGAUACGGCGACUGCCCGACUCGAUAUCCAAGCCGGCAAAGGACCAUUCGCUCCGAUCGCUAACGGUCUGGUAAAAAUCGGCGAGACCAUGACGUUGGUCGUGACGGUCGAUGGUGACCCCGGAUUUAACGUCUUAGUGAGAGAAUGCGUGGCCCGUGACAACAACCCCGAGUCGGGCAAUCAACUGCAGCUAACUGACGCUCAAGGAUGCGUGGCAAAACCCAAACUUUUCGGUAGCUUCCAGACGACGACGAACCCGGCUACCGGGUCGUUGAUAGCCUACGCAUACUUCCAAGCAUUCAAAUUCCCGGACGUCAUGGACCUGUUGAUCGAGUGCAACGUCGAGCUGUGCAAGUUCAACUGCCAGCCGUGUUCAGAUCCGAAUCAAAAAAUCGAUCCCGGUCGUAAAAGACGAGACGUGCACAAUAUUGCGACGAACGAUACGAUCAAUACGUUCGACGACAGUGCGGAUUCCAUGAUGUUAGUCGGCCGCGUACACGUAUACUCGCCCGACGACCUGCUGGCCGACAAUUUCAAUCAGACCGCCACCGACGUGCUGGAUCCGCUACAAGCGUUCACGACGGGCGACAGAACUUUGUGCAUCUCAUCAAAAAAGUUCUACAUGACGUAUUCGUUUAUGGUCGCAGUGACAUUAAUAUCGAGUGCAAUGAGCAUGAUCCUGUGGAUUCGAUUACAACGUAAAAUCUAUAAAGAUUAAAUAGUCACUAUAAAUAAAGAAAAUAUGUUUGAAUUACUUUUUUCGGGAUUGAAUUUUAAUUUUUUACUUGAAAAAUAUGCGUGAACGUACAGAAAACAGUUAUCAGUUGUUUUGUUUUAGUUAUAAUCGAUAAAUUAAGAUAGUUAA